AGGGAUAAAGAGGCGGAGUGGACGCGAGCGUGGCACACAGAGGAAGAGGACGCCUGUGUGCAUGAAGCUGGGCCGCAGACAUGACUGACGUGAAGAGCGUGUCGUCCAUGGAGGUGCCUGAGGGGAAGCUGAUGAAGAAGGGUUCCAUCAAGAAGAAGAUCGAGUCCUUCAGGCGAUGGAGUUCAGCCAGUAUGAAGCGGCCCCCGAAGCAAAAGGCCAAGACCCUGAGCCUGUCCUCCCCGGUGGGAGACCCCGAGGACCUGUGGCUGCAGGAGGGGGACCGCAGGAAGCUGCGCCCCAUCGUGGACUCGGUCUUCGGACAGGACAGAGAUCUCCGACCGGAGGAAAUGGAAGAGCUGCGUGAGGCUUUCAGGGAGUUCGACAAAGACAAAGAUGGCUUCAUCAGCUGCAAGGACCUGGGCGAGUGCAUGAGGACGAUGGGAUACAUGCCCACGGAGAUGGAGCUUAUCGAGCUCAGCCAGCAGAUCUGUGGUGGCCGGGUCGACUUUGAAGACUUUGUGGAACUGAUGGGUCCCAAAAUGCUUGCUGAGACUGCAGAUAUGAUCGGAGUGAAAGAACUGAGAGAUGCCUUCAAAGAGUUUGACUCUGAUGGCGACGGUCAGAUUAGCCUCGGAGAGCUGAGGGAAGCCAUGAAGAAGCUCAUGGGAGAGCAGCUCAACCACCGUGAGAUCGACGAGAUCCUGCGAGACGUCGACCUCAACGGAGACGGACAGGUGGACUUUGAAGAGUUCGUGCGAAUGAUGUCUCGCUGACUCCACAAACCUCAAACUUCCAGACUAAACUCGACACGGGCCAGACUGCACACCGUUAAUGUUCUUUCUUUUAUGUACAAAGCUGUUUAAAUGUCUGUAAUU